AUGUCGGCAGCAGUUGGCAACAAAGCCUUUGAUGAUAUUCCUAAAUACUUCUAUAAGAAAGAGUGGGAAAAGAUGAAAGCCUUGGAGAAAAUCAUCUAUGUGUAUAUGAAGAGAAAGUAUGAGGCCAUGACAAAACUCAUUGAACGUCCUCAGAUGAGUUUCGGCAGGCUCCAGGGAAUCUUCCCGAAGAUCGUGCCCAAGAAGCCAGCAGAGGAAGGAAAUGAUUCGAAGGGAAUGUCAGAAGCAUCUGGCCCACAAAAUGAUGGGAAACAGCUUUGCCCCCCAGGAAAACCAAGUACCUCUGAGAAGAUUAACAAGACACCUGGAAAUAGGGAGGCCCAAGAAAAGGAAGAGAGGCAGGGAAGAGCUCAUCCGUGGAGCAGUCAGACCACACACAACAUUGAUCCCAAAAGGGGGAAACAUGCCUGGACCCACAGACUGCGUGAGAGAAAGCAGCCGGUGAUUUAUGAAGAGAUCAGCGACCCUGAGGAAGAUGACGAGUAA